GCUCACGAGAACCUCGACCAAGAGGAUCCCUUGAGCAGUGGCACCAGAGUCGAGCGAUCAGUAGCUAAUCAUUAUUAUUAUUACAGCCAUGAUGAGAAGGACCUCCCGCACUGGCCGAAAUACCAAAACGAUGGGCCUCUGGCGAGUCGCACCGAAAAAAUUCCAGGCCUGACUUGGCUUUGCUUCUCGUCGCCAUCGCCGGUCUGCUGGCCGCCUUCCUGUGGCGCGAUGGCAGGCGACAUGGCUAUGGAGCCGCACUCGCCGACCGACGCCGACGACAAUGGGCCGGAUAUCAUUGUAAGGAUGCCGUCAACCGCUUGUUUAUGCUCAUGUGCCAGCGCUGGCAGACUCACAGUCUACGAGCACCAUAGCGAGGUUACAGGCUAUAUCGAGGAUCACCUCUUCGGGUUUGGAAAGGUGCAACCACCACGGCUCAGCACCGAUCAUGUCGUCCCCCUCCACCACUUUGACAACUCGGAUGUGCUCCGACGGCUGAUGGUGGGCUGGGCGGCACGAUUCGACGCCGUCCUGGACCCUGACGCCCUUUACCAGGCCCUCGAGGCAUUGAUUAGGCGGGAUGGAUGGCGUAAGAUGGGAGGCCGACUGAGAUUGAAUUCCAUGGGCAGACUGGAAUCACACAUCCCGGCAGAGUUCACAAGCUCGCGCCCCGCCGUGCGGUUCUCGCCCACCGUCUUCGACAUGGCCAUCGACGAACACCCUCUGGCGUGCAAACUGCCCAGGGCCACCGGCGACCACGCCUCGGUCCAGCCGGGGUCUCCGGACAUGAUGAAACUCUUCUACCCGGACGGUGUACCGUCCGGCCUUGACUACUACAUCUACAGCGACGAGCCGCAGCUGCGGCUGUACGUCGUGUCCUUCAACGACGCCACGCUCGUCGGCAUGGAGGCGCCCCACGUCCUGGGCGACAUCAUGGCCCACGCCGGUAUAGUCAAGGGCUGGGUCGACAUACUGCACGGUCGAGAGGCAGAGGUGCCGCGGUUCGAGGGCUUUCGGACGGACCCGUUGGGGGAGGUGGUCAAGAGAGCAGAGACUUCUCAGAUCGCCGGGGUGCUACAAGACAAGAUCCUGACGGGGGUGUGGUACGUGAUGUUUGUCGUCUAUUUCACGUUGGACAUCGUCCUCGGCCCCAAGAUGGAGACCCGCACGCUCUUCUUCCCGGCCUCGACCGUGGCCAAGAUGCGCGAGCAAGCCCUCGCCGAGCUUGGCCGACAAGGCGACGGCGACGACAAGCCCUUCGUCAGCAACGGCGACGUCCUCACCGCCUGGAUCUCAAAGAUGGCCGCCAAACCCUUGGCCGCCAAGGCCCCGCGACAAGACCUGACCAUCCUCAACGCCAUAAACCUCCGGCCCCGGCUGUCUUCUUCCCUGGACCCGGCCGCCGUGUACGGACAGAACAUGGUCGUGACCUACUGUGGCUUCACCACCCUCGGCGAGGCGGUCACGACGCCGCUCGGUGUGAUGGCCGGGGAAAUGCGCCGAUCGCUAGUCGAGCAGGCCGGGGAGAGGGAGCUGGCGGCGUUCGCCAAGAUGAUGUGGGAGCUGGGCGGCGAUCGUCCCAUAAGCACCUCGGUCAAAGCGUACCUCUUUUGCUUCAGCAACUGGGCGAGGGCUCGUUUUUACCACAUCAUGGACUUUUCGCCCGCCGUCGUCGGCAACGACAGCAGGGCGAGGGCGGCCGGCCACCCGCCGGGGAAGCCCGUGUUGUUCCUGUCGACGACGACGGGGAUGACGCCCCUCGCUCGAUACUGGUUCAACAUUACCGGUAAUGAUUUGGAUGGGAACCACUGGGCCGCCGCGAUUGUGCCUCGUGCGUCCAUCGCCGCCAUUGAGGAGGGGAUGAGGCAGCUGUGA